UCAGGGCCUUCACGGGGAGGGUGGGGGUGUCUCGGAAGCCGCCGCCGCCGCUCGCCGACCGCUUGGUUAUAGUAUGUCCAGCCGUGCCGUGCACCAGGAAGCGGCGGCGGGGACCGCGGGAGCCGCGCAGCAAGAGCGGGGCCUGGCGGGCGCCUUCCCCUUGGUGCUGAAGAAGCUGAUGGAAAACCCGCCGCGGGACACGCGCCUCGAUAAAGAGAAGAAGGAAAAACUUGAGGAAGAUGAAGCGGCAGCUGCUAGUACAAUGGCAGUCUCUGCCUCCCUCAUGCCUCCCAUCUGGGACAAAACAAUUCCUUAUGAUGGGGAGUCUUUCCACCUGGAGUACAUGGAUCUGGAUGAGUUCCUGUUGGAGAAUGGAAUCCCUUCCAGUCCUACUCACCUGGAUCUGAACCAGAACCCACUGCUGCCUGUGGCUGAGUUGGAAGGAAAAGAACCUGCCAGUGUUUCUGCUGCUACCACCCCACUCUCAUCAUCUUCCACAGUGGUUUUCCAGCCAUCAGAAACUACCACAAGUGCAGAAUCCUCACCAGAUAACGAGAGACUGACUCCCAGCCCUGUUGAUCCCGAGUGUGUUGAGGUUGAUGUGAAUUUCAACCCUGACCCUGCUGAUUUAGUGCUGUCCAGUGUUCCAGGAGGUGAGCUCUUCAACCCUAGAAAGCAUAAGUUUGCUGAAGAGGACCUGAAACCACAGCCCAUGAUUAAAAAAGCCAAGAAAGUCUUUGUCCCGGAAGACCAAAAGGAUGAAAAAUAUUGGACUAGACGGAAGAAGAAUAAUGUGGCAGCCAAACGAUCUCGUGAUGCUCGUCGCCUGAAAGAGAACCAGAUCACAGUCCGAGCUGCCUUUCUGGAGAAGGAGAAUACAGCUCUGAGGACCGAGGUGGCAGAGCUGCGAAAGGAAAUGGGAAAAUGCAAGAACAUUGUCUCUAAAUAUGAGAGCAGAUAUGGACCCUUUGACUUAUCCGAUUCCGAGUGAUGCAACUUUAAAGACUCUUAAAAUCACAAAGAAACUAAAAACUACACAUGAAACCACCUGCCAUCAGAAUGAAUAGUGAAAAUGUGAGGUGUUCCACAACUGAUGAUGACCCUGCUUGCCUGCAAGUACCUCCCUCUGAACUACUCAAGGGCUGAGCAUGAUGAAAAGACCAAGGUCUCUAAGGGUACAUUUCUUGUUGUACUGCUGUAUUUCCUUGUACCCACAACAUGCAGUACAGUUAUUAACUCUUUUCAAUGACACUUGGUGCUCGUGUCCUUGAGUUCAGUUUGAAUAAUCAGUGGUGAUCCUUUAUUGGGAGAAAGGGGCAGGUAUUAAGGGAAUAUAACUAUAAUUAUUCAAUAUUUCCUUCUGUGUUUUCUUUUUCAUAUCUGUUCUGUGCUUCAGAAUGGAUAUCAAUAUUGCAUCUAAAUUCUGUUAAUCUAUUGUAUCUUGUACUGUUGGAACAGAAACAGAAUAUGUGGAAAACAAAUUAAAAAGAAAUAUGUUUUGGUGCAAUAUACAACCAACAUAUCAGUUAAAAUAGAAGUAAUGGGAAAUAACACGUACCCCAAGAUGCACUAUAUCUUAACAAAUGCUAGCAAGUUAGAUGCACCUUAUUUUCUCGGCUGAUUAAAGCUGACACUCACUUUCUGAAAUU